AUGUAUAUAAAACUUAUAAUACCGGAAAAAAGUGACCUUUUGAUGGCCAUCUUUUCCGGUACAUGUGGUCUCUCUAUCGGCGUCUCUUUUGUAAAUGGUGAAUGGGCAGAGUGGUCUGCAUGGAAUGGUAAUUGUAAAGUUGAUUGUGCACAAUUAAAACAAGAAAUAACAAAGAGACGUUCCAGUAUCGUGCAUAGAAAACUUGAUGAUAUUUGGCCAAAAUUGGUACGCAGGAGAACGUGUAAUAAUCCUGCACCACUGAACGGUGGAUCGGAUUGUUUAGGUGAUCCAGAACAAACCAGUGAAUGUCCAUUGAACUGUCAUUUAGAUGGUUAUUGGUCAGAAUGGUCAUCAUGGUCACAAUGUAAUGAAAAUUGCCAAAAAUUUCGUACUCGUUCAUGUAAUUCACCUCGACCAACUAGCGGUGGACAACUAUGUAGUGGUCGUGAUUUGGAUACCAGGAAUUGUACCCAAGGAGAAGGUUAUUGUACAGCAGCAAUACAACGAUCAUCACCAACUUAUAUUGGAUAUAGCCUAGAGGCACAACUUGCAAUGUAUGCUGGCCUAUUCAGUGUACUCAUCCUAUUACUUAUCAUCCUUAUUUUGAUAACUAUAUUGCUAUAUCGUUGUCGACGAAGAUGUAACAGUGCUAAAAAGGAUGGCUUUUAUUUCGCUGAGAACAGACAUGUACGUACCGUAUUAUUGCAACAACAACAACGAUUACUUGGUGAUCCAAAUGAUUCACUUAAAUCAAUAACAAAAGGUGGCAGUGAAUUUUACACAUUAACAACGACUGCUUCACCAACUCAUCCUCUUGUAAGACCGCCAUCGUUAACGCUUCGCUCAGCUAAUAGUAGUGGUUAUUCGUCGACAAGAAAAAUUACAGGAUCACGUGUGGCAUUAAUUACGGAAUCAUCAUCAAAUUCAUCGAAUGGUAAAAUUACAAUUGCACGAACAAAUUCACGAACAUCGGAUGAAAAUUAUGCAACACUGUAUGAUUGUGUAGGUGAUGUCAAUGAUCAAUACGGGUCCUUUGAGCUCAACAAACAGCCUCAUGUUGUUCUUCCUGCUUAUGUUAAUAGCAUGGGUGGAAGAUUAUUGCUUAAACGAAGUGGUGCUGCCCUGCUAAUACCGGAGGGUACAUUCCAGACGAACCAUAUGGUAUUCCUUGCUAUCUCCGAUGAUCUCAACGAUUCACCUAAAUUACUGGAAGGUAGUACGGUGCUCAGUGGUGUGGUAAUGAUAGGCCUAUGUGAUGAGAAUGAAAAUGAUGUCGUCAUACACAGGCCAUUUAUCGUGACAUUUAAACAUUGCGCCAAUAUUUUUCCGAAAGAUAACUGGAUUUUCAUGAUUUAUGCAAAAAGCAAUCAAAGUAACAACUGGGAAAUGGUUGCACAAAUUGGUGAUGAAGAUAUCAAUACACCUCUCUAUUGUCAAAUGGAUUUGACAAGGUGCCACAUAAUGAUAGAGCGUUUCUGCAAGUUAUUGUUAGUCGGUAAACCACGCCGACCAACAUUAGCAACAAUGAAACGAAUGCAUUUAGCUGCGUUCGGUCCCUUGCAUCGUAUUUCCAAUGACACUUCUAUUAGAGUGUACUGUGUACCAGAAACUGGGAUCGCUAUUCAGAAUGUCAUAUGUCAAGAAGAAAAUACUGGUGGUUUGCUGGCUGAAUCCGAGAAUUUUCUGAUGCGUGAGAAGGGUGCUUUGUGUGUAUGUCUUGAAGAAGUGUCAACAGGACUUGUAAAAAAGCCCGAGGCGCAAUAUCUGGAAAUACCGUCUAGCCAUCAUUUAUGGUGUGUGCAAAAUGGUUUGCACUGCAGCCUGAAAACCGAUGUUCCGGAAGAUUUGUUAGAAACAAUUACCGGUCGAAUUGUUAUCUACCAAAAGUGCAAUGCCGAUGCGAGAGAAGUGCUAAAUUUCGAUAUGCAACAGCCAAUCGAGGAUGAUGAAAUGGAAGAAGAUGGAGUACUUUCAUGCGGUUUUUUAUUGGAUUAUGCAACAAGACAAAAACUAGCGGAACUUUUCGAUGUCCCUACCGAUCCGACAAAGGACUGGAGAGGACUCGCUAAAAAAUUAAAUCUCCAUAGGUAUAUACAGUAUUUUGCAACUCGACCUGGUCUUUCACCAACAUCACUAAUUCUGGACUUAUGGGAAGCUGUGGAAUUCGGUUCACAGAGGGCAGUAUUAGAUCUUCUGCAAACUGUCCGAAUCAUGGGUCGACCUGACGCUUUAACAGUGCUCGAAAGCUAUCUUUCCAGUUCAAAAAAUAUGAACAAAUGA